AUGUCUUCACAAAAUAAAACUCGAAAACGUAAAUGGGAUCUCGAUGAUCAGGGAAAAGAGGCACCGCCGUCUUCCGCAAUUGCAAAAUCCAUUAAAGUUGAAUCUACAAGCGAUGCGUCCGAGUCUAGUGCACCUUCUCCAACCCCUUCAAACUCCGAUUCUGUUGAUCCCAAUAUUGCUGCAGCUGUGGCGGCCGCGAAAAUUAAUGCUAUACUCGCAGCUAAAGGAAUUCAAGUUCCAUCAAAAUCCUUUGUUAUUCCAUCCAAAUUAGAUGUCUCUGAAAAUGGUGGUACAGAGGAUUCUACAUUACCUAAGGCGGCGACAAAAGAAUCCGAUUUAGAAUUCGUACAGGACAUUGUAAUUAACGACUGUAAGAACAGAUAUACGUUGACCAAAGGCGCCACACAGCAACAGAUUCAAAAAGAAACUGGUGCAGAUGUCACAACACGAGGGAAAUACUACCCUGACAAACUUCUUGCCACGGAGAAGGAUCCACCGCUUUAUUUGCAUGUGACAGCGUCGACCAAGGAAUCUUUAGAUGCAGCGAUUAAGAAGAUUGGGGAGUUGAUGGAACAAUCAUUUACCCCCGCUCCCUCAUCUCAAACGUCACGUCCAACUGGUUCCCAUGCAGGAGGGCGACAAUUUGUUCAAGAUAAAGUAUUUGUGGGAAUUGAGCCUGAUCGUACAUUUAAUGCACGUGCUAAAAUUGUUGGACCACAAGGCGCUUAUGUCAAACAUAUUCAACAAGAGACGGGAGCAAAGGUUCAGCUUAAAGGACGCGGAUCGGGAUAUGUUGAACCAACUUCAGGUGCUGAAGCAUUUGAACCACUCCACAUCCAUAUCACUUGUUGGAGUCAAGAUGGACUAGACAAAGCAAAAAAAUUAUGCGAGGACCUCAUCAAUACGGUUAAAACCGAAUGGGAUAGACAUAAAGCUCAACAGACGGUCUAUCCUCCAUACGCAAGAUCUCCUACAUAUGGAACGAGUACAGCAAAUGCGUACAGUGCCCAGAGUGCAGCAGCCUAUAAUAAUCCCUAUAAUCCGUACAAUCAAUCUCGAUAUUACCAACAGUACCAACAAUAUAAUUACUAUGGUCAACAAACAGCGACACAACCUACUGACAUCAAUUAUUAUUAUGGAUACGCAGGAUAUCCAUCUGCGGUUGCAUACCAAACUGUCGAAGAAGUAAAUACUUUAUCCCCUACAUCGACGCUUGAAGAUAAGAGUCAAGGUGGUUCAUAUCAUGCAGUUCCGCCUCCGGAUUCGUAUGACAAUGAGGUUGGUAAAUAA